AAUCCAAUCCGUGGAGCAAACGACGCCAACAAAGCGUUCGCGUUCCAUUUUGUCGUUGGCGUGUCCCGUAGCGUUGAGAUACGGAAAGUUGAACUCCAGCCCUCGUGUGCCUCAGCUACUCGGAGUCCGCGACUCCCCUUGUGCGUCCAAGUAAGUGAGGGCCACGUUGUGGACCGUAUCCAAUCGUUUUCAGGCGAGAUAACACGACAAUGCCCCCGCGCAAAAACACGGCGCGCCGUGGUCGGCCAUUCAAGUUCGGAGAAGGCGGUGAUAGGACUGCGUCGCAGGACGACGCUCCCUCGGAUGUAGCGGCCGUCGCUUCUUCCGAUGCUACAGAGAAGCCCUCGCUCCAAGCUAAGAAGCCGGCUGUGCCACCGCGCAAGGGGGCUGCGCCCAAGCCCAGCCCUGCCAAGCCUCGGGCAGCCGCCAUUGAGCCCGCCGCUAAGAAGCGCGCCGUCGCCGCCAAGCCGGCAGCCAAAAAGGAGGAUCCGACGGCACGAACUAUCAGCGACGCUUCCGAGGCCGAUGCGGAAGACGACGGCGCCUUCGAGGCGCUUGUUCUCGAUGCGGACGACGAUGACGAGGUCCUUGCCGAGAACGCCGGGGACGGGGAGACAGGCGUCGGCGACGACUCGGUGUCCGCUGGUAACGAGGAAGGCGUCGCAGAAAGUGCCGACCAAGACGCCGAGGGAGGAGACGCAGGGGCGGGCGAUGACGUGGUUGCCGAGGAAGGGAACGGGGACUACGCCGGCGAGCCUGAAGAAGGUGCGGAAGGGGACGCCGACGGUGCCGACUACGAAGACGACGGUGCCGCGGAAGUAGAUCCUAACGAAGAAGGCGCAGAAGGAGAAAGUGGUGAGGCGGAAUACGCAGAAGGCGACGAGAUUGGGGAUGCCGAGCAUCCGGCAGAAGACGAGCUGGAAGGUGACGCCGCAGGUGACGACGCUCUGGGUGCAGAUGCAGCGAACGAUGCUACGGAAGCAGGAGCUGACGACGGAGCGGAGGCUCUCGAAAACGGCGUCUCUGCUGAUCCAGAACACGAAGAAUCUGGAGAUGUUGCUGCAGCGGCUACCGGAAGUGGCGAGGGCGAAGGCGAGACGAUCGUGGGCGAUCUGGCGCCUUCGGAGCGCGACUUUGUGAUGGCCGAGGUUGAAGAGAUCAAAGAUGAGCCGACGACCGAGGUUACUCGCCUGUGGGACCUGUGCCCCGACGUGGAGCUCGACAGUGCCGAGACCAUCACGGCAUCGGUUCACGAUACCAUUCAGCGGUCGGUACGCCAGUUCAUCGAGAGACUUCUGCGGGACGCCAAGGAAACGGGCAUGGUUCCCGAUGAUUCGAGCGCCGCCGCACAGGAUGGGAAGCCAGUGUAUGGCUGCAACCUCUGCAAUGUCCAGAUGGACCAGCCGGAGCUGUUCGACUGCCAUGUGGAAAGCCAGCGCCACGUCAAGCGCCUCCGCUGGAUGUACUUCAUGGGCAUGAACAAGGAGCUGAGUAAGUUCCACUGCCGGGUGUGCCAUAUCUCAGUGCCGUGCAAGGACCACCUGGUGGGCCACCUACGCAGUGACCGCCACGUCUGCCUCAGCAAGUCCCUGAAUGUGCAUCCCAAGUACUCCGAACACCUGCUGUCCCAGCACUUCCCCAAGGCCAAGGUGAAAAGCUUGCUCCAGUCACAGCAGCAACAGCAGCAGCAGCAGCCAUCUGCAACCGCAAGUCAGCCGUCGGCCACCGGUAAAGGGAAGGAGCAGAAAGGUGCGGAUAAGCGUCCUGACAAAGGCAAGGCAAACGCAGGAACAGGCAGUGGACAGCAGGCCAAGAGGGAGCAGUCGCCGCCGCCCAUCAACUCCAACUUCAUCUUCCAUUGCGAGGUGUGCGAGGUGAUCGGAUACAAUGAAGACCAGAUUCAGGAGCACUACCGGGGCAAGAAGCACCGAGCCAAGAUGGCCGAAGAGCUGGAGAAGCUGUCCAACAAGAAGCAGGACACCACGAAAAAGGCACCUGCAAAAGGAGAUGGCAGCGGUUCCCAGGCGACUAAGGAAAGCCCCAAGGGUGCUGCCAAGGGUCCUGCCAAGGGCCCAGGUCCCAACAAGAAGGGACCGGUCAGCAGGCCACAGCAACAGCAGUUCAGAAUGAAACAAGGGCCCAAGUUCGGUGGUGGUGGUGGUGGACCCACCUACACGUGCUACGUGUGCAACGUGGUGCUGCACUCCACUCGGGACUACAGCCAGCACUUCACCACCCGGGCGCAUCGCAUGGCCACAGGUCUACAGUCAUCGGGCCCACCAUUUGACCGCAAGCGGCCACGCUCUCCAUCACCAUUUUCACGGCCACCGGCGUGGUCACCACCACGCAUGCAGUCUCCGCCACGAGAAUUCUGGUCGGGUGGCCCACCGCAACGGAAACGUUCCCCCGAGCCCUUCCUCGACCCCAUGGCCCGAGACCUCUUUGCACCUCCGUCUGGCCCAGGCGGCUCCUUUGAGCCUGGCUUUCGAGGCCCUCAGGCUGGCAUGCUCGAGGACUACGGUGAGCGUCGUGGCCCCAGAGGUGGUGGGGGCUCGGAAAUGCCCGAUCCCUCAUCCGUGGCUGCCACCUUGGAGACCAUGAUCCAGCUGCAGCAGCGGCUGCUGAACAUGACGGGGCCGCAGGACUCGGGCGGCUACCACGACGAGGAGUUCAAGGCCGUUGCACGGAACCUCCAGGACAUGGACCUGCAGAAGAGCCUGCAGCAGCUCAGGCAGAGCCAGCGAUACAAUGUUGGUCCCUCCCCACCGCCGUAUGGGGGCGGCAGCACACCCACGGGCACUUCACGCAGCAUGCAGUCGGGGCCCUACAUGGACAGCUCCCCACCGCCUUUCCGUGAAAGUGGCUCCAGCUACCAGGGAGGCAUGGGGGACGGCUUUGCUGGCAAAAGGGGACCGUACGGCGGAGGAGUUGAUUCCUAUUCACCUGGUGGAGAUGACCGGAAGGGCUCCUACGGCAUGGGCGGUUCCUUUGGAGGUGGCGGUCCUGGUGGCAGUGGUGGUCCACGGAUGAACGAGUAUCGCAAAAGCAGUCUGGGCCCCACUGCACCAAGGCCGACGGGCUUCGGCCUGCCACCUCUGAGCCACAUGCGCGGAAGCGGCGGUGGCGCCAGUCGCUACUGAGCAGUGCUGUCGCCCAGACCUUUGUCUCCGGCCUAUGCACAGCAUCUCCUCCUUUCCCCAUGGCUAGAAACAUUGCUUUCUCUUUGCUCUCACCUGCUGUACAUAUAGACAUCACCUCAAUAAAGGCCUUGUGGUGUGCA